UUCACUUUUUAGUCCGUUUUUCUUCUUCCCCGUUUCUGUUUCACUUUCAAGCAAGGUUUAGUUUGUAAUAAAAGCUAAAAUAUACUGCCACCAAUGGCAUACCAUCACUUUAUCGGUAUUCAGCAGUAAAAACUGCGACGCCUCCGCAUUAGAAUUGGAAAGAGCAGCUGCCUGGCUGCAGGGUGUCUUAACACUGCAGAUCUUUGCCUGGGAUUGAAAUCACUGAACAUUAUGUCUUCUUUCUCCGCACCGAUGCAUCCCAUCCCAGCAAUUAGACCGCUGGAAAGAAUCUGGUGCGAAAAGUGCAUGCGAUACAACGACGAGCCCUGUUGGAAUCACAAUGUGCACAUCUCCGAUACAGUCGUCAUUCCUUACGCUGUAUCCAGCCUCCCGAACCAGCUGUAUCUGGAUGUCUGCGGGAAUGGCCUGUCAGAUAAGCGAGUCUUGACGAAAGAGCGCCUUCCGAGUCAAACCAUCUUCGGCCCGCUGGUGGCGCCCCUCUCCGACACCCUGGUUCCGCCGCUGAUGUUCGCGUGUGCAUCGGAAGCGGGCGCACUGCGCUAUUUCCAGUUGGGAUCCGAGCAGACGGUAAACUGGAUGAAAUACGUCCGCUUUGCCGUCCGCGAAGGAGAAGGCAAUGUCGCGGUGUACGCGCGAGCCAACCAGGUGUUCUUCGUUACGAUGCGCGAAAUCCCUGCCUACGAAGAGCUGCGGCUGCGCUAUUCUAGGAGCUACGCCGAAAUGUCCGGUUUCGCCGUACCGCCACUUCGUUCCGGGAGUGCCGCUUCGAAGCCACCGCUGAAACGGGCCGUACCGGAAACGUCGAAAUACGAGCCAAAGCGACUCCGCACAAAGUUUAAAUCUCCCGAAUUUGUAACAACAUCCGAUUCGUCGUGCGACGAAAACCCUCCGUCACCAGAUUACCCAUUCCCUGAUAAUGCAGCAUCCACUCCAGUUAACACUUCCGUUAAGACUACGACGCCGGUGCAACGGAAGGCGAUUGUACAAGACACUCCAGCUCUCCCAUCAGUAAACCAGACGACUCUGCGGAAGACGACUGUAUUACAAGAUCAUCGUCAAGAUGAUGCGAAUAAUUAUGCUGACACGGCGGAUGUGGAGCCCUAUCAUGUCCCCGCUGUUCAUGAAAUUCCUCGGAAAAUUCGCCGGAAACUCAUCGGCUACAACGGCCCGCAGAUGAAUCCUGCCCCGACGGUACCCGUUCAGAAUGUGGUGAAAGUUAUGGUGUGCUUGCCGACCGCUAGCACAGCACGCGUCCCUGUGCUUGCACCGGCCCCUCCCCAACCGCCUAUCCAGCUUGUAGCCAUCCCGGCACCGAAGCCGCCGGUGGUUCGUAUCCGCAUCCCGCGCAUUCCUCCUCCGUUCGCCACAAAGAUGAAUCCUUCCCGCCAGAUCCUGCCCAAAGGCGGCGUUGUCCCUCGGGAUGAAUUCGCUGCCUUGAGUAAGACCGAGCCGGUGAUUGCCGUCCAGCCCGCGCCGUUCACCUACGAAGAAUACGCCGUGGAGAAGAGCGCCAACUGCGAGGAGCCGGCGUUGGUUUUGGUGGGUGAUGUGGUGAACAGGAAGAAUGACGCCGCGGAGGAAGCCGUGGACGAUGAAGAACAGCCCAACGCGAAGUAUCAGGCGUGCAGAUUGUGUGGCCAUAAGACCGAUACCCGUCAUCAUCGUCUGGCGGAACACAUGCGCCUGCGGCAUCCCGAGUACGUGAAGGAGCAUUGGAAGUUUCCCUGUGAGACGUGUGGCUACGUGUUUGCCACGACGAAGGCGGUGCAGAACCAUGUUCGCCGUACGCAUUCUUGCCCAAAGCGUGGUAAGAGUCGCGGUAAGCGUCCUUCCACGGAAGAAGUGCAGACCGCUCUGCAGUUCAUCAAAUCCACGGGAUUCUACAGCUACUUCUGCCCGGACUGCCACAAGCACUUUGCCAGUCAACCCCUUCUGGAGCUUCACCGAAGGCCCAUGACCCCACCGCCCCGGUGGAACCGCCCGAGCGCUGCUGCCCGGCUUGUCCCUUCUCCGCGGACAAUUUCCCGGCGCUUCUGGAACACCUAUCCGAGCAUUCCUUCAACGAGGAGGACAAGAAACCCUGCAUGAUCUGCGGCGAUUAUACCGUCAAGACCAAACUGCACAUCCGCUACAACCACGUGGAGGAGAUAGUCACGGCGUCGGCCGACUGGAAGUAUCCCUGUCAGGUGUGCGGGGCGCGCUUCUUCGACGAGAAGACUUUCC